CUCUCUCUCUCUCUCCCUCAUACUCUCUCUCUCUCCACCUGUUGAUGCCAUUGUUGUGCUGUCUUAUUAUUUUCCUCCACUCACUUCACACACGCCUCUUUUAUUCCACACUUUCUCAUCAACAUCCUUUUUUUUUUUCCCCCUGUCCUUCUGGCUCUCGGAGGGUAUUUAAAGAGAGGCGGGAGCUGAGCAGCAUGAGACGCAGCACAGAGGCCUGCCCAGACACUCCCGUUCACCUGCGCACGUCCAGACACGCAGAACAGGCGCACUUAAGGCAGAGAUCGCACGCGCGGCACACUAACUCUCAGACACCUGGCCGAUAACUCGCGCAAACGCGAACGCGGCCACUCGUCCGCGCUUGGACACAGGAGGAGCAGGAGGUCGCGGUCCCUUCCGGAGAAGUGGAGGAGUGGCGUUCCGUCAGACAGGGACGAUGUCCGUGUCUCUGUGGUGUGAGGAGGUGGACGAGGUGCAGGCUGGAGCUCAGGGGGGAGAGGUGGCUGUGAGAGCCCCCUGGGACCCCAGCGUGUCUGGGCAGAGGGUGGUGCAGAGGCUGCUGCAGCUGGAGGAGAGGUACCUACCCUCGCAGCUUUACGUCUCACUCGUUCAGAGGGAGCCCAAACGCAGGGAGGAGCUCACCAAGUGGGCUCUGGAGGUAUGCUGCGAGUGUGGCUGCGAUGAGUCUGUGUUUCCACUGGCGGCCUCUCUGUUGGACCGGUACCUGUCUACCACGCUCUCUCUGCCUGUCUCCCCAUCCUGCCUGGCAGCCGCCUGCAUCCUGGUGGCCUCCAAGCUGACGGAGAGUGAGGCAGUUACCGCCGACACCCUGCGCGCUGCUGCCGAGUACGAGUUUCUCUCCUCAAACCUGCGGGAGAUGGAGCGUAUUGUGCUGGGGACCCUACGGUGGGAUGUUGCUGCGGUGACACCUCAGGACUUCAUCCCACACUUCCUGUCUUGUCUGGAGGAACUGCAUGGGGGAGACCUGGAAGUGGGCGACUUCAUCCUCACACUCCGUCGCCACAGCGACACACUAGCAGCCAUGUGUGUCUGCGACACACGCUUCCUGGGCACGCCUCCCUCUCUGAUUGCUGCAGCAGCACUGAACUCUGCUCUUCGUGGUCUGGAGGGGAGGAGCCAGAGAGAAAUGAGGCACAUGACCUCCAAGCUGGCCACACUCUGUCAAACCGAUCUGGCCGUGCUGCAGUGUUACAGUGAGCUGGUAGAGGGCGCGCUCAGGGAACGACUGAGAAGUGGGCUAAGAAACAGCGAAGAAGAAGAGGAGAAAUUUGACAGGCUGGAGGAGGACAGAGCGACCACUCCCACUGACCUGAGGGAGAUAGACCUCUAGCACAGGGCAAACACAAGCUGUUUUAAAUGCACAUCUAUAAUCGUCCUGUUAGCCAUCAGUGAAACUGAUGUAAACCUGGUUUCUAAAUGUUGUCCUAUGAUAAUUUUGAAAUUAUUUAAUUCUAAUUUAAUAAUUGUUGUUAUUUAUUUGUUUGUUUGAGGGAAUAAGAUUGACCUGUGCUAUAUACAUUUUGUUUGCAUUUCUGAGAUUUGUUGUUGUUUUUGCUUGUGUUUUGUACUAUUGUACUGGGUAUUGUACUAUUGCAAUGUGUACUAUUAAUUUAUUAUCAAUGUAUUUAUUCUUUAACUGUUAUAUUUUAUUUGAUACAUUUCACACUGUAUAACAAAGUGUCCAAUGAAAUUAAAAUCUAUUUUUAAAAAUAAAUAAUAUAGACAUA